AUGGAUGAUUAUAGAGACUUGAAGUUGGUCCCAAACUGAAGCUUGACUCUUUCCCUCAUGAUAGAUGAUAAGUUUGCAACGUCAGGAAUAAAUUCCUUUAUGCCAUUUGUGCAAAAAAUCGACAAAUUGGACGCCUGCCUGGUGGGGACUAUAGGAUCUACGUCUCAUGGAGAUAAGUUAGCAACAAAAAGUAUUAGCAAGAAAAAACUUUUUCCCUAUAAAAAAAGAAUUUGGAUGUAGUGCAGGUGAAAAAUACCCGCAAACUCACGCUCCUGAAGCGUAGUUAAAAUGAAAUUUGUACGCAAGUCGGGGAGGGUGACUCGAAAGAUGAGAAGAAGGGAUGCUGCAGGAGUGAGAGAGAAGGCAAAAGAGGGGAUAACCCUUAGUGUUAGCACGAUAGGGGUGGAAUAAGCGCGGAUAAGAACGAACGACUCUGCCCUAAAGCGCACUGGACACCCGUGUCGCAACUAAAAUGUGACUCGAGGGUAGAAAACGGGGAACGUGUACCGUGCCGAAAUUUUCAUUAGUUUAGUAUAACACAUUUUGUGGUGCAUGAUGGUACACACAUUUCCAUCCGGUCAAUACAAAUUUUAAUUAUAAAAACCAAACAAACAAAAAAAUUCCUAAUCGUGACAGUGAAAAAUCGAAAAAACAAAAUAAAAAAAAACCGUGAAAAAUUAUUUCGAAAGUAUCCAAAAUAUAUACAUAUCAUUUUAUCGUAGUAAAAACAAAAAGAAAGGAAAAAUAUUUCUUUAUUUGCAUGUCGCGUGCUCCAAGUGUGGAUUAAAUGAAAUCUCGAUGCAAACACCAAUUAUUAAAUGCAGUCGACAAAUAUAGUUAAUCGAUUUUUAGUUUUUGACUGGUGUCAAUACAUUUGUCUUUUUUGAUAAAUAUUGUGAUUUGUGAUUUUUUUUCGUCUUUUGUGUGUCUCUUUUUUGAAGCGCCAAAGAAGAAAUUAAAAAGGUAGAAGAAAAGGGUGAAAAAGAAACGAGUUGAAGAAGCAAAAACGAAAUUAAGCAAAAUGAAGCUUGAUGUGGAUAGAGACAAAGCUCUAGAAUUAUUCGGAAAGUUCAUUAGAACAAAAAAUGUUAGCAGUCUUCAAGGUGAACAAAAAACUAGGGCCGGACAAGUUUGUCCUCCAGAAUCUAAGCAGAAACUACAGAAGUGCCUGACAACACUGGACCUGACAUCCCUUGGAGUGGGAUCUUGCGUAGGAACAGGAAUGUAUUUGGUCGCGGGAAUGGUAGCACGUACUGUGGCUGGGCCCGGGGUUGUGAUUUCGUUUGUCAUUGCGGCGGUGGCCUCAAUUUUUUCGGGAGCCUGUUACGCCGAAUUUGGUGUCAGAGUGCCUCACACAACUGGCAGCGCGUAUAUGUACAGCUAUGUGACAGUAGGAGAAUUAAUAGCGUUCAUUAUUGGAUGGAACAUGGUGCUUGAGUACCUUAUAGGUACGAGUGCGUGUGCCUGUGCGCUUAGCGCUUGUUUGGAUGCCUUGGCGAAUGGUGCCGUUUCGGGAGCCAUAAGCAACAGCGUUGGUACCAUUUUCGGACGACCGCCGGACUUUUUAGCGUUCGUUAUCACGUUGUUAAUGAUGCUGUUGAUGGCGGCAGGAGUUAAAAAAUCUCUCAUAUUUAACAAUGUGUUGAAUACUAUAAAUUUGGCCAUUUGGGUCUUCAUUAUGACUGCGGGUCUAUUUUACGUCGACUCCAGCAAUUGGACAGAGCACAAGGGCUUCCUCCCUUAUGGCUGGAGCGGGGUAUUUACUGGCGCUGCCACUUGUUUUUAUGCCUUUAUUGGAUUCGACAUAAUAGCCACAACCGGAGAAGAAGCAACGAAUCCAAAAAGAAGCAUUCCACUAGCUAUAGUAUCAUCAUUGAUCAUCAUACUCAUCGCGUACGUCACCAGUAGUAUGAUUUUAACAUUGAUUGUACCUUAUGAAGAGGUGGAUCAAGAUUCGGCAUUGGUGGAAAUGUUUGGCCACGUUGGUGCCAAUAAGUGCAAAUACAUUGUUGCUGUUGGCGCUCUUGCCGGAUUAACUGUUUCCAUGUUUGGAAGUAUGUUUCCAAUGCCUAGAAUAGUAUACGCUAUGGCUCAAGAUGGACUGAUUUUUCGAUCCUUGAGCCAAGUGUGGCCCGUGACAGGGACUCCUGCCUUAGCCACUCUUACUUCGGGAGUAUGCGCUGCUUUUGCAGCACUGUUAAUUAAAUUGGAAAUUUUGGUGGAGAUGAUGUCGAUUGGUACUUUGUUGGCCUACACUUUAGUGUCUACUUGCGUCCUGAUAUUACGAUAUCAACCUCACACCACAAAUUUGGUCGAACUGCUUCCGCAAAGUUUGCGAACGCCUUGUCGUACUCCAACAAAGGAAACUCAAGGCAAUGGUCAAGUUAAUUACGGGAAAGAGUUGAGACCGGAUCAACUUUCCACCGCCUUGAAUACAGUUCAGGUAUCUCAAUCGGAAGUCGUCGCAAGUAAUAAUGGCCAGCGUGUCAUGGUACGACGAGUUAGAAGAGCUAAUAGUUCAUCGCCUGAUUCAGAUGACACUUACGGCGGAGAGGAGGAUGAAAUUGGUUUGGGUAAAGAUGACCAAUAUUUGGUUAGUGAUCGUACUGAGAAUAAAUUUUAUGGAAGUGUUCAUGCUGCCACUGCAGCAGGUUCGAGUUGUGGUAGUGCACAUCAAUAUCCCGGAAAUACACCCAUUAUAGGGCCACCAUUAAAUUAUUUGCAACGCAAAUUACAGGACGUUCAAUACCUGUGUCCAGGCAUAUUCCCUUGGGUCGACAGGGGACCUGCCACCGAAGAAACGGGUCGAUAUGUCAUGAAGUUGGUCGGAAUAUUGUAUUUACUAAUUUUAAUUUUCGACCUGAUAAUAGUCUGUGGCAUGGGAAAUAUGGGAACGUUCACGACACUUUUGAUGUUUGGGUUUCUAUUCGGAAUCAUCGGUGUACUUUUAGUCAUUAGUAGAAAACCGCAAAAUAGACAUACCCUGAUGUUUAAGACCCCAGGAUUGCCAUUUGUGCCAGCCAUUGCUGUCACAGUGAACAUUUACCUUAUAUUCAAACUCAGCGUGUUGACACUAGUGAGGUUCACAGUUUGGAUGACACUUGGUUUUAUCAUGUACUUCUACUAUGGUAUUAAGCACAGUACGUUGGAAGAAGGUAACAAGACGGAUAAUAUGGAUGAUGGUGUUACUGAAAUUGCUGGUAAUAUUGAACUCACCGUCACUGAGCAUACAAAACCACAAUCAUCAUCGUCAUCAUAUCCAUCGCAAGAUCGUAAUAUUUAUGAGGGCCAACAACUUGAUGUUUUUGGUCAACCAGUAUUUGGUAGUACGAAUUUUGGGGGCACGCCUAAACACAAUGCAUCCCAAUCGCAAUCGCAAUCGAGAAAUUUAUUUAUUCCACAAGACAGUUUUCCCACUUGGGAUGAUUGAAGAUGCGAAACAUUCAACGCGCGAUUAAAAAAUCAAUUUCGAAAUUUUAGACGCAUAAUAUUUCAUUUUGAAAAUUGCAGAUCAAUCCCCGAAAUUCUUGAAAAUGCUUUCUUCAGAAUUUAAUUCCAUUCUUCCUCUUCUUCUUCCAGUGUUUUGAAAAUCUUUUUAUAUUUUAAAUAUUUUAUUUAAAAUUUUUACAAUCUACUAUUUACAUAAAGAUAAUUUUUAUGGAUUAAAUUUGUUUGGGGUAUUGUUCAUGACCCUAAAGUUUGCGUCGACGCUCGUGGACAAAAAAUAUUAUUUGAGGUUUUUAGAGAUAAAAAUAAGACAAUUUCACGUCGUUCGCACUUUUCUAACUUAAAAUUAAAACAAUUAAAAUUAAUUAAAUAAUUAUAAUUCUCAUUAAUUAUUAAAAAAAUAGUCGACGCUAACUUCAAGGAACUUUUUUUCUUUAACAAAAAUAUUAAAAUUGCGAUUCCAAUACUGAAAUUUCAAGAUUAAAUAGAAAAAAAUAUAUCUGUAGCAUAAGGGAGAAGAAAUAUUUUUUCUAAUUAAUAUUAAGACAAAAAAAAAUAUUCACAAAAGAAUAAUUUCUUUCUCUCUCUCUCUCAUCUGAAUCUGUUCAAAAAUAACAAAUUAUCAAAUAAAAUCGUUUGGAAUUUGAUUUUUUUUUUCUAAAUUAUUGUUACUAUUGUAACAAAUUUUGAUUUAGAGAAUAUUCAUAUCUGACAAUAUAUCGAAAAAUGAAAAAAAGGGAUCAAAUUUACCGCACAUAUCAUUUUUCUCUUUCGAGUAAAUCAACAAAUUUUAUCAGUUCUUUUAUUUUAGUGCAAAAUUGGUACUGAAAAAUAUGGACUAAUUGAAUUGCAAAAUUGAUAUUUAUAUUGAUAUAUUUAAUUAACGAGAAAAAUAAUUAACUAUUAAUUAAUAGCAAAUAAUCGCAAUUUUAAAA